UAGAUUUCUGAAACCCGGUUCAGUCCUCGUCCCUGAAUUGAGAAAGUACGAUUCGAAUUCGGAAGCUUUUGACUCCAAAAUCUCGUUGAAGAAGAAGAAGAAGAGACGAACCUGCUUUCUUAGUUUCGGGUGCGGGGAACUAAGAACUCCGGUGAAUAGAGAAUGUGGAUGCAUUUGGCUCCUCUGUUUCUUGCCAUUUUCGUUUCACCACUCUGCGUUUUCUCAUCUGAAAUCCAGGAGAUCGGUUCUAAUCAGAACUUGGUCAAUGAUCUGGACGCAGCUAAGCUCAUAAUAUCUCAAUUGGAAGCUGUUCUUGAGGCGACCAUACAGAAGGUGGAAGAUAAGACCCUCUACUUGAAAGAGCGUGAGAAGUUGAUCCAAGAUGCUGAAAUUCAGAUCCAAAGUUUGCAGUCUGCUUCAUUCAGUGACGAGAGCGGCCUACCUUUGGUUCAAAAGAGGAUAACUGAGUUGGAAGAAGAGGUUAAAAAACUAUGGGCUGCCUUGCGAACAACUAACUUCGAGCUUCACAUUUUAGAGGAUAAAGCUAGAGAUGCAGAGGGUAAAGUUAAAGCUAAGGCUUUGGAAGUUAAACAGAUGGUAGAAGUUGUUACGGAGCAGUGGAUUCAGGUUCAGCAUCUUGAGCAGAUGAGAGAAUUCAACAACCGAAGGCGUCACACACCUAGCAGAUGCUCGUUCGUGAAGCUCAUGAGCGACAUCCAAAGACAUCUCUCCAAAUUUCAUGAGUCAUUCGACAUUCACUGGAAGGGAAAGAAGGUUUUCUCUGUGCAACCAUAUCUUACACAAGCACAGUCACGGUUAGAAAGCCUCUGGGCAGCUGUUACCAAAUAUCACCACCAGUUACAAGGCUUCAUCAAGAAUGAGAUGGGAAAAACCGAGAUCACAGCAGCGCUUGCAAACAGAGAAGUGGUGUUUUUCAUGGCAUCUGCAGUGAUUACUUUCCCGGUGUUUGGAGCUUGGAUCUUACUCUCUUCCUAGGUUGAUUUCUGGAUGACAUAAUCAACCGAUGCAUCAGUCAUGUUUUUCUUCUUAUGGCUCAAAACAUUGUCUAGUAUUUUAAGCUUUAAGGUGGAUCCUUACGAUCAACUGCAUCCAUGAGCAAACCGAUUACCGGUUUAAACCAGUUAGUAUUGGGUGGGGUGCACAGUUGUAUGUAUCCAAGAUUAAUUUUUGGGAGUAGAAAAGAAAAAACAUUGGGUUUUGUAAUUGAAGAAGAGACCAUCCAAAGAGAUGCAGACAAAAGUCAGUCCUUGUUCGUUUGUUAAACCGUUAGUUGUGGAACGUGCCAGUAACGGUAGGCUUACUGCCCG